UUUUUGCAGACGCUCAAUUUCCCGCCCAGAUAUCCAUUCGAGCCUCCUUCCAUGCGCUUCGAUAAUCCACUCUUUCAUCCUAAUGUGUAUAAGGACGGAAGAGUAUGCAUAAGCAUCUUGCAUCCGCCUGGCCAGGAUAAGCUGAGUGGAGAAUCGGCCGCCGAACGUUGGAACCCUGCUCAUGGCGUCCGCAGUAUCCUACUUUCCGUGAUAUCGAUGCUGAAUGAGCCUAACAUUUCUUCACCGGCAAAUGUGGAUGCUUCUGUGAGCUACCGCAAGUAUAAGGAGAAUGGCAACAAAGAGUUCCCAGAUAUAAUCAAGAAAAUGGUUGAAAAGUCGAAGGCGGAGGCUGCUAAGGACGGAGUGAAGGUACCCGAAACUGAGGAGGAGUACGUAAUCAAAGCUAGAAUAAGGCGUCAGCAAGCGGAGAACGAAGGCGGCACUGAUAAUGGCGAUGUUGGCCUAGAGGGUAAUUAUUAA